CCUCUGCCUCAAACAGAGUUGGUAAUUUUGGUCAUUGUCAUAAAUGGCCAAAUGGAUGGGAUCGGUCGGAGAAGAGUAAUGCUCUGUUACUCCAUUUUUGCCGGCACGGUCGCCAUCAUCAUAAUCAGCGCUGCAGCGCAAGAUUAUCCAAACUGCAGUCGACAGUUCGAAUGCGGCGACAUCCGAAUUGGCUACCCUUUCUCGGGGUCAAAACGCGCAGCCAACUGCGGCCUCCCGAAGUUGCGUCUCAUCUGCGGUGCCAUUGCCACUCCGAUGAUCGGCAUCCUCGGCAUACCUCACAAGAUUCUCCGAAUCGACGAACCGUCUCGGACACUUACCCUUCUGCGAGAUGGCGACGGGGAUAUCCUCUGCUACCCUCCCCGAAACACCACCUUGGAUCCGGGUUUCUUCGAUUUCGCGCCGGACACUCAAUUUGCUAUGCUCUACUACUAUUGCCCGCCGCCGGACGCCAGCGUUCGACUCCCGCCGAGCAUCGGCCAAUUCAAUUGCAGCAGCGGUUCAGGGGGUUACUUUCUCCCCAGCGAGUACCUGCUUGGGGGAUUCGAGGAUUCCGUCAGGACUUGGUUGAGAUCGUGCCGGAUUAUGGUUAGGAUGCCCACAAAUCGGACGGAACUGUGGAUGCCGGCGAAUCAGACGGAGCUGGGGAUCCGGCGGCGGACGGCGGCGUCAGCGGACUGGUUGGCGACGGUGAUGUACCGAGGUUUUGGGCUGCGGUGGACGGGGGAUUACGAGGGCGCUUGCCGCAAUUGUAAGGGAUCCGGUGGGAAGUGCGGUUUCAACGAGACGGCGACGCGUCCUUUCGUUUGCUAUUGCUCCGAUCAAGCUUACGCCUUCAACUGUUUGUCUCUUACCAAUGUUUCGCCGCCGGAAAAAGCGCUCGAUAAAGCCGAAGGGAAAAAUAGGGUCCUGCUGAAAAUCGUGCUCCCAAUUGCCGCCUUCGUUACUCUGUCCGUUGCUGCCAUCACUUUUUUUUACUGCAUCCGAACCAGGGCAUCGCAGAAUCAGAAUGGUAAAGCCUCAUCUCCCCUUCCGAAACCACUAGAGUUCAUCAAAAUGCAGCGAGCCAAAUCGGGACCAUUCGGCGGCCAGGGCAAUGUCGAGUCUCCUCCGAGCCUCCAAGCAUUCACCUUCUCUGAAAUCAAAACGGCAACCAACGACUUCUCUGAUGAUAACUUGCUCGGAGCUGGUGGGUUCGGCCCUGUCUACAAGUGUGUGUUCCCUGGAGAUGAGGAAAUGGCGGUGAAGCGGCUUUCAAAAUCGUCGACACAGGGACUCCUGGAGUUCACGAACGAGGUCUCGCUCACAGCGAGGCUUCAGCAUGUGAACCUGGUCAGGGUUGUAGGUUUCUGCACCGAGAAAGAUGAGAAGAUGUUGGUCUAUGAGUUCAUGCCGAAUAGAAGCUUGGACAUUCACCUCUUUGAUCCGGUGAAAAGAUUGAGUUUGGAUUUGAGCACUAGGAUUCGGAUCAUUGAAGGAGUGACUCAAGGACUUUUGUACCUCCAGGAGUACUCCAACUUCACCAUCAUUCAUAGAGACAUUAAGGCGAGCAAUGUUCUUUUGGAUGAUGGGAUGAACCCGAAGAUUUCGGAUUUUGGGAUGGCGAAACUAUUCAUGAAAGAUUUGUAUGAAGCUAACACCAAUAAGAUUGUCGGAACCUACGGAUAUGUUCCUCCCGAAUAUGUGAAGAAUGGGAUAUACUCGAUAAAGUAUGACGUCUACAGCUUCGGGGUUUUGCUUCUACAAAUUAUUAGCAGCAAAAGGACCCAAGAUUACUAUGGUCCAAAUGAAGACAUGCAUCUCUUAGACCAUGCUUAUGAAUCAUGGAGAAGAGGGGAAUGUAUGGAAUUCUGUGACCCCUCAUUGGAUGAUUCCUCUUCAGAAUGUAAACUGAUGACAUGCUUGCAAGUGGCGUUGCUAUGCGUUCAAGAAGAUCCCAAUGAUAGACCAACAAUGUUGGAAGUUGCAUUCGCUCUGAGAACUGGAGCUCUUAAAAUGGCUUCCCCGAAGAAACCUGCUUUUUCGGUGAGAUUGGAACCCGUAUCUCCCACGACUCCCAAAUUCCGCCAAGAAAUUUGGUCUUAUAACGUUGCUGACAUCUCUCAAGUCGAACCCCGAUAACACAACAACACGUGCAAAGUGCGUCUCUGGUGAGGGUUCAAAAGAGUAUUAAUUAAUUGUUCAAAUGUAUUAUAUAAACUUCAAUAUGCCAAUCAGGAGUAGAUACACUUUCUUCAAAGCAUCUAUACUUUACAAUCAUCACUAAGAAGAGUGCAAGUGAGGUGUUGCCGAAAUUCUUUUGAUGUUAAAAGACUUCGAACGAACUAUGAGAUAAGAACAUCAUCACCUUCAUUCAUUGAGAAAACGUACCAGUGAUCACAUAUUGAGAAACCGUUCAAAGUUAAACACUUCAAUCAAAACAUGAGAAAAUUACACGACCAUUCAUCAUCCUAAAGAAUCAAAACAACAAUAGGCAGUGAUAAUUUGUUUCAACUCAACAGUUUGGCAUCAAAUUACCUACCCAAUCCUCCACAACCUAAGCUUUAAAAACUUGGAAAAAGUAAUGAACAAACCCCCUUAAAGAAGAUUUCUUCUCGGGUUCGGUUUUGGUUUCACAAUCAUUAGUUAAAUCUUGUAUCGUUUUCAUACGCUAUGGCUAAUGUACAAGGCUCAUCAAAUUUUUCCUUAACCAAGAAAUUUUUUAGCUCUAACAAUAAUUUGUGUACAAAACGAGUUCAUAAAACAAUGGGACAUUUCCACUUAAUUUAAUGUUAUGAAUGCAUAACAUGAUCAAAUUUCAUGUACAAUAAUAUUCUUCUAAUUACUUAAGAACCAUAACAUUCAGUUAAUCCACCUAUCUAACACCAAAAGAAUAACAAUCUAAAUCUCAACUUCAAAAGCAACACUUCAACUCUCAUCCUUAAUCAGAAAGUUUGCGCCCACAUUAUUCUCGCCAGCGGCGCCAUGCUUCUUAGUCGCCCCGACCCAACGAACCAAUGACAACCGACCACGGUUGUUCAUCUUCGUUGUCGUUCUCUUGUCCCCGGGGAACAAGACCGACCUCCUCAAACACGCGUUGCCCAUGUUGCUGCCAUCAUCAUUACUACUACUACUACUAGAAGAAGAAGAAUGUUUGAGGCUAGAUGACCUCUUCAACUUGUGAAGAGCACAGUCGCAGAACCGAUGGUACAACCUCCCCCUGCUUCUCCAUGUUGAAAAUCGAGAUGCAAGCGUCGAACAAUGAGAACGAUUCAGGCAUGAUAGCACGCGUCCCACACCCCUAUUUGGUCACUCCUCGAUAGAAAGAUUGAAGAAUCGAAUCGAACACUCGCGACGACAGACACAACUGCUCUCAAACAGUGCAAAUAAAAACGGUUAGACCAUGUAAUGAUUUCACUUAUUCCCCUCUUUCUAUUAAAAAACGUUUGAAAAAUCUUUAAAAUUCUUGUGAUUUCAUCAUAGGCUUACAACUCGUGUAGAAGAAGGGAAGACGUGAAAUUCUGUCAACUUUCAUUUGAUGAACCCUCUUCACAAUGUACGAUGAUGACUUGUUUGCAAGUAGGGGUGGGCAUUCGGUUGCGUUAUGCGGUUAAAUCGCUAAUCGCAUCGAAACUGCGCAGUUAGUAGUUAACCGCAAACCGAAAAAUAGGGUAUUUUGGGCCGCGGUUAGUAAUGUUGCAUGUUUUUCGGUUUAACUGCAACCGCAACCGCACAACAUGUAACGACAUUUUAACCGAUUACUAACACGGUUACCUAUGAAUAAUCGUAGGGGUGCUCAAACGAUGUGGUUACUGGGUAACCGUUUUAACUGGUAGUAUUUGGCUAAUUUGGUUUGGUUAAUUUGGAUAAUUGGUUUGAUUUAGUUAAAAAAAUUAGCUUGUUUGGUUCAGGUGGUUUGGUUUGGUUUCAGACAAUCCUAACCAAUAGAACCAAAUUUACCACUUAAGUAAUUAUCCAUAUAUCUAAUAUAUUAUAUACACAUACUUAAUACAUGACAUAACCACUAAAGAGUAAAACAUUCCUUCAUUUACGCUCAUCAACAAUAAAGCUCAAUCUUGUUC